UAUUCCAACUCCCAACUCCCAGGUUUCCAGCCCCUUUCCCCUUUCCAUCGUCUCCAAAAGUCACCCUUUUUCCUUUCCCUCUCCACAAUCAAACAAAUCGCCGGCAGAAAUGAACCAGCCGGACCCCGGAAAGUCGCCACAGCAGCAGAAGAAAGAGCUGCAGCUGCAAGGCCCCCGCCCUCCUCCUCUGAAAGUCAGCAAAGAGUCCCACAAGAUCAGGAAGCCUCCGCCACAUCCGCAUCCAAAACAGCCGCCAAAGUCCUUUCAAACCCAACAACCACCACAACAGCCUGUGAUUAUCUACGCCGUCUCUCCCAAGGUCAUCCACGCCACCACCUCCAACUUCAUGUACAUCGUCCAGCGCCUCACCGGCCCAUCAUCGUCGACAUCGCCCCCCGGGGCCGGAGACCUCUCCCCGGCGGCCAGGCUUGCCUCCAUCGAGAAGACCAGCCCGUCAGAGAGAGACAGAGACAGAGACAGAACCAGCAACACUGACACAGUGAUGGAUAUAGUGGAAGGAGAGGGGUUUCUAGACUUGGGUGAGGCUUAUCCGGGGAUAUUAUCGCCGGCGCCGGUGAAUUUGCCUCCGAUUCCAGAUGGGUUCUUCUCGCCGUUGAAUGACCCGCAGAACUUUUCUACUCUGUUUCAUGAUCUGAGCCCUGUUUGGCAUAAUAAUGGGUUCUCGGCGAGUCCUUCGGGGUUGUUCUCAACUUCUUUGAUCUCUCCAUCUCCAUCUUCGAUGGACAUGUUACGCAGAUUUUUGGACUUUUAGGGUCGUUUGGGAAUUUCGGAGAAAAAGAGCCUGCAAUUUUGCAAAGGAAAUUGGUAAAGUUUUUGCAUUGACUGACUUGUUGUGGAAGAAUUUUCCACAGUAACUUCCUUCUUUUUAUAUUAUGUAUUCUUUCGAGGGUAGUUUUAGUAGUUGAAAGUCUGUAAAUGAUAUAUUGCUAGUUCCCAAUGGGCCACCCCGCAAUUAGUAAAAGUAGCUGGUGGUUUAUGUAAUUUUCGGGAUUGUUGGGUUUGUUUCUCUUUUAGUUUUCUGUUCUUGUCUUGAUCUUUAUGAGAGGUAGUUGAGGUUGUCUUUAACAUUAA